CUCAUAAGUUCAUCAUAUAGAUUUGCUUUCACAGUCGACCCAUCUGCUGUUCGACUGAUUUCUAGCUAAGAUUUGCCGGGAGUUUCGCUUAUAAUCUCUAGAAACUUCUAGCUAGCUUAGUAAAAGAAAGGCAGAUUAAAGUGACGAUAAUACAUGCAUCUAGCCCUUUUCAGAUUGAUAAAACAAAGUAUAUAUCCGAGUUUUAUCUUGCAUUUGUUCUUUUCUUUUCAUCUGUGACUGUCCUGGUUUAAUUCUCAGAAGAGUUUCACAGUUAGAAGUUACUAGGGGAGACGAGAGAGAGAGAUGGAUGAGAAGAAUGACAUGGAAAAGGUGGAUGAAGUGAUGCUGCCUGGGUUCAGAUUUCAUCCAACCGAUGAAGAGCUCGUCGGGUUCUACUUGAGGAGGAAGAUUCAUCAACGACCUCUCUCCAUUGAGCUCAUUAAGCAGCUAGAUAUCUAUAAAUACGAUCCCUGGGAUCUUCCUAAAGAGUUGGCAACCACGGGAGAAAAAGAAUGGUAUUUCUACUGUCCAAGGGAUCGUAAGUACAGGAACAGUGCAAGGCCUAACCGAGUGACAGGUGCUGGGUUUUGGAAAGCAACCGGAACCGAUCGCCCCAUUUAUUCCUCAGAAGGAACCAAGUGCAUUGGUCUGAAGAAAUCCCUUGUGUUCUACAAGGGAAGAGCUGCCAAAGGGAUCAAAACUGACUGGAUGAUGCAUGAGUUUCGGCUUCCAUCUCUCUCCGACUCGGCCUCAUCCAAGAGGCCUAUGGAUAAGGAUCUUCCUGCCAAUGAUUCAUGGGCAAUUUGCAGGAUCUUCAAGAAAGCCAACUCCAUGGCCCAGAGAGCUCUCUCUCACUCUUGGGUCUCUCCAUUACCUGAACCCACCGGAUCUGACAUACUCAGUAGUCAAGGUGCACACUGCACUCAGUUCAGUCCAGAGAAUAUAUCUUGCACAACCGAAGCUGGAUCUGGCCUUCAGUUUGGUUGUAAUAAUGACCUGCAGCAAUGCUCAACUACCUGCAGUUUCCCAACUUUAGAUGCUCCCUCGUAUAGAUCCAGUAACCACCCUUUUUGUAAAACAUCCUUACCUCCCAUUUCAAAUGGACAGCUUCCUGCAGGCUUCAUGUUCUCACCAGUUGAGUUGGCAGGAGCUGGCAAGAGUACAGUUGAUGUUGCUUCCAUGCUUUUAAAUCUAUCACCUGCAAUAAUGGGGGAUGCCGCCGGUAAAGUCUCAGAGCAUAUAGAUUUCGGUGGAGCACAACAGCAGUGCGAGGGCUUCUCAAUCACCUUACCACAGGAAGAGAUGCAAGGGAACAUGGGUGCAGUAGGUGUAGAAGAGACAUGCUUAUUGAGGAAGAACUCAUCGUCAAAUAUCUCCCAGGUUAAUAAUAAUAACAGCAACAACCAGUGGGGAACUGUCCGAAGCGUUGGGUUUCCCUUCAGUUUGCCUUCAAACAUGUCUGAAGCAUGGAAGCUCAAUUUUCCAUAUUGGGAUUCUCCUCCCUGUCCUAGUGAGAUGUCCACUGCUAGUUAUUCCAUAAACAAGUGUUACACUUGAUCAUCAUUCAACAAACUGUCACGCAUACAUGACUAAAAAGUCUAAAAAUACCUACCUAUGUUCCAGUUUUGAAUGAGCAGUUUGAAGUUCAUCUGAGAGAAUAUUUUCUGUUUACUAUUGCUGUACAGUCUUUCUUUAUUAAUCCAAGUAGACAGAUUGGCUA